UGACAUUAGCAAAGUUUGUCUGUGGACGUCGGACGACAUUUCUUCGGAGUUGAUUUUUGAUACAGAUAAAACAAGUAAAAUGAUUCAUAAUUUAUCGUCUGCUAUGCAUUCGCGAAAUCUAUAUUCCUAAUUCUGCAAUAAUUAAUUCAUCCAACCUCUAAUCGACUGAGGUUGUGUGUUAAUUUAAGUCGAUCAACUCUUGAUGACGGAUUCAUCCCUCACCCUCAAUUUUUUCGGUUGAAACAAAUAUUCCUUAGUUAGUAAGUCAGCGAUGGCAGUUUUAGCAGCAGCUCAACUUCUAGAUGAGCUGAUGGGUCGCAACAGAAACGUAGCUCCGAAUGAGAAGAAACGCGAGCCAAACUGGGAAGAUCCUGAGUACUGCCCCUAUUUCCUCGUGAAGUUUUGUCCUCAUGAUCUCUUCGUGAAUACCCGUGCUGAUCUAGGUGCAUGCUCCAAAGUUCAUGACGAAGAAGUACGUAAACUUUAUGAUCAAGCUAAACCUGCCAGAAAGUUACAUUAUCAAGAAGAAUUCGUGAGAUUUUGUUCUGCGAUGAUUAAUGAUGUACAAAGGAAAAUUCAAAAGGGGAAAAACCGUUUGGCCUUGAGCGGUAAAGCAGAAUCCCCUGCAACUGUUCCAAACCAGUCUCACAAAAAUCAGGAAAAAAUCGAUAUCUUGAACGAGCGCAUUAAUGGUUUGGAAGCUGAAGCAGAGAAAGCCGGAACUGAUGGUAACGUAGAGCAAGCUCAAGGAUUGAUGAUGCUUUGCGAUAAGCUGAAAGAUGAGAGAGAUGCUCUGAAGAAACAGAUGGAGUCUGGUCACUGGAGUGUUGAGCUGGCGCAAGCACAAGAGAAGCAAAUGGAAGUUUGCGAAGUUUGUGGCGCGUUUCUCAUUGUUGGCGAUGCGCAGCAAAGACUGGACGACCAUUUGAGCGGAAAACAACAUCUGGGAUUCUCCAAGUUGAAAGCUGCUAUUGCCGAACUCACCGAAAUCAUACACGAAGUUAAGAAUGAAAGAAGAAGCGGGAGAGGAUUGAGUUCCAUUGACGAAGGCUCGAGGGAUCGAGAUAAGAGAAGAGAAAGGAGUAGGGAGAGAAAUCGUUCGGAGCAUAGGAAUAGGGAUGAACGUAAACGUAGCAGAUCGAAGGACAGGGAAAGGGAGAAGGAGCGUGAUAAAGAUAAGCAGAGGAGGGAGAGGGGACGUUCAGAAAGGAGAGAUAGGGACAAGGACAAGAAACAUCGCUUGGAUCGAGAUCACGAGCGGAGACACCACCAUCAUCGUCGUUGAUACCGGAGUAACCACUUUUGAUCAGUAAGAUCAAUCUAUUGAAGUUACAUCAAACAGGUGAGCUUCACAAUCUCUAUAGCCCAAUGAAGAUACUCUCCGUGUCGUCCACACAGAUGACCGUUCAACUAAAACGGAAGGUGAUUUUUUUAAUUCAGAAUUUCCAGUCUUGUGUUCCGACUUCUCUUAUGUAAUAUAGAAUGUUUUUUCGCCAGUACCAAUAAAAAUGUGUUUUAUAAA